UUAUGGGGAAAAAAACAAAGAAGGUCAAGGGAAGCCAAGUCAAGGAGGAGGCGGAUCACAAGCAGGUCCUCGUCCUGUCGACCGGCCGCUGAAACCUCACAUUUUCCCUCAAAAUCCCUCACUUGAAACAUUUAUUAUUCCUCCCACCGAACCGGACCGACGAUGACUAAUCCCAGAGCCCUUAUACCCCUCAUGAUAUUAAUCCUAGCCCUUGAUUUAGGCAGUGGGACAAGGCUGGGAGGACGACGUCGGCGAGGAGGGGGCCUUCUGUCGCCCCCUCGACGUCCGGAGGGCACCGAGCUCCCCGAGGACCAGUGGUUCCUGCAGAGGCUGGACCACUUCAACCCCACCGACGGCAGGACAUGGAAGCAGGUGGGUAUGAGAGGGACCCUGGAGGACGCAUCAGUGGAGAACCUUGCCUACCUCAGCAGCGAGCAGGCCCUGGCUGAUCUAGCAACAUUCACAGUCGCAAUGCAAGAGGAGCUUGGCCUGAAGGAGAACAAAUGGAUUGCAUUUGGGGGUUCAUACCCUGGUUCGCUUGCUGCUUGGUAUCGGUUGAAAUACCCACACCUCGUACAUGGGUCAGUUGCCACAAGUGCUCCUGUGGUUGCACAGAUUAAUUUCAAAGAGUACCUUGAGGUUGUGCGAGAUGCCCUUGCCACAGUGAACGACAAAUGUGACGAGGCCGUGAAGGAAGCAACGCGCCAGCUGAACAUGCUCUUGCUGCAUAGGGUUGGAUGGCAGAGCAUAACGAAACGGUUCAAGCUGUGUUCACCGCUGGACGGGCAGAACAAGAAAGACGUCGCCAACUUGUUCUCAAUCCUGACCGAGAACCUUGAAGAUGUGGUGCAGUAUAACAGGGACAACCGGGACUUCGAGGGUGUGAAGGGCACCAAUAUUACCAUCGACACUUUAUGUGACAUUAUGUUGGAUGAAUCGCGGGGGCCGGCCAUCACAAGAUAUGCAGCCAUUAACUCCCUGGUUCUUGAAGUGCAUGAAGAGGAGUGCUUGGACCACACAUACGACUCGAUGAUAAAGGAACUAAAAGCUACUAAUUGGGAAAACAACACAGACAUUGGAGGACGGUCAUGGAUCUACCAGACUUGCACGGAAUUUGGAUUUUACCAGAGCUCUGACUCUUUAAAUCAACCCUUUGGUAAUGAAUUCCCUGUCAAUUUCUUCAUCCAGCAGUGUCAGGAUAUUUAUGGGGAAAAGUUCAACCUUGAUCUCCUGAAGGAAGGCGUGAAGCGCACGAACACGUUGUAUGGAGGGAAAGACCUUAAAGUGACGAGGGUAGUCUUUCCCAAUGGAUCGAUCGACCCAUGGCAUGCCCUAGGGAUAACGGAUAACCUCAGUCCAGAUGCUACUGCAAUUUUCAUAAAUGGAACUGCUCAUUGUGCAAAUAUGUAUCCUCAAGCCGCAGAUGAUCCACCACAGCUACUGCAUGCCAGAGAGCAAGUUUUCAACCAUAUUCAAAAAUGGUUGGAAGAAUAAGUCAGUCAAGUGAUUUCAAAACUGAUUUCUAAAUGAGUAGCAUUUUGUGAUUUUAUACUGGAUUCUGUAUAGAAAAAUUGUUAUUAUUGAAACAUAUCAAGGAACAAGCAAGCGAUGUAGCAAUAGUAAAAGUACAGUGGAUUUAAUACUCAUAACGAUGUAAGGUCUUUGUUUUCAUGUUGUGAUAUUCUUCCAUUUGAUUCCUCAGAUGGAAAGACUCCUUUUGUUGCUUACAGAUAGUACCCAUUAUAUUCUGUUGUUGAUAAAGAGGCAUUGUGAUUCUUUUUUAAUGUUUAACAUACCAGAAUGUGCUCUUUAUGUAUGUACACCAAACCUGUGAGAAGUCAGAUUGUAAUGUUGAUUAUGAUUAACCCCAAUUUGCACUAUUUGUAAAAUAUAUUGUAUUUGACUAAACCUUGACUUGUAACA